ACAAAUUGUCGUCAACAACAAAAACAACAACAAAAUGAACAUUCGAAUCUAUUUCAACCUAACCAUAAUAAUCGAAAUUCAACAACAACAACAUUGUUAGCAUUAUCGAAUAAAAUUAUCUACAUGUUUCAAGUGAAAGCCGAUGAUGAUCAAACACAAUUGUCAUGUAUUGCUAAUAAUCCAAUGAUAACAAAUCAUGCCAUACGUUUGGAUAGAAUAUUAAAUGUUCAUUAUAAACCAAAAUUUUUAAAAAUAUCCGAAACAAUCGAGCUAAAUGAAUGGGAAAAUUUUCAGCUAAAAAUUCUAUUAUAUUCAAAUCCAUCAAUCGAUUCAAUACGUAUGGAUCGUAUUGAAAAAAUGAAUGAUAAUACUAUUUUAGAUCGUAUUCUUAUUUCUAUUCAACCGGAUAUAUUAUUGAAUAAUUUAAAAUGGGAAAAUAUUGUUGAUUAUUUAAAACCAAUUCCAUUGGAAUGGCAUUCAAAAUUAUCAUCAUCAUCAUUAUCGAAUAAUCAUAGUAGUAUCAUAACCUUGGAUAUGAUAAAUGUAACAAGAAAUGAUUAUGGUCUUUAUGUUUUACGUACGGAAAAUUCUGUCGGUUAUUCAUUAAUGUUUAUCCGGUUAUUUAUACGAUCCAUUUCUUCUAUCGAUAUGAUUCGUGUGAUAGUGCCUAGAAAAACAACUGUGAUGAAUCAAUCGAUCAAUAAUAUUAUCAAAUUAGAUAAUAAUAAUACACAGAUUGAAAUAAUUGAAUUGAUUGAAAAUAAUGAUCGAAAUUUUCGUAUCGAAUGUAAUGUUAAUAAUGGUAAUCCAUCAUCAAUAAUUCGUUGGACGAAACAAUUUUUUAGUAAAUAUUUACAACGACGACAAAUUCAAAUUCAACAACAAUCAAAAUUGAUUAAAAAUCCAACGAAUGAUCAACAUUAUUAUUAUCAUUCGAAUCAACGAUUGAAAAAUAUGCCUUACCUUUAUGAUUACGAUGAUUAUAUUGAUGAUGAUAUUGAUUAUAUUAAUUUUUUAAUUAAUUCAAAUUUACAAUCAAACGAUAUGUUUAUCGAUUGGUCACGUUCAAAUGUUACACAAACAAUUUUAUCGAAAAAUUCUCGCCAACAAAUUGCAAAUUCAGCAAAUAAUAAUAAUCAUCAUAAUACAAACUAUAGUCAUUAUAAUAAAAGUUUAUCAAUACAUUCUGAAUUGGCAAUAAAUCAAGUAAACUUUGCCGAUUCCGGUAUCUAUACAUGUCAUACAUUGAAUGAUAGCCGUUCAAUAGCCAUACGUAUUCGACAUCGUCCAAGAAUAUUUGUAUCAAAUAAUCUUAAAAAAAUAGCCGCCAAUAUUGGUGAAAUUUCGGUAAAAUUUGUUUGCUCAGCAUUGGCAUAUCCAAAUGUUUAUUUCAAUUGGACAAGAUACAUUUCUACUAUUAAUGAUGAUGUUAAUGUUGUUGUUGAUGGUGGUGGUGGUGGUGGUGGUGUUGAUAAUAAUAAUGCUGAUGAUGAUGAAAUUCAACAACAACAACAAAAACAAAAACAACAACAAUCAUCAAUGAUAGUUAUCAAUAAUAGUGAUGAUCAUUUGUCGAAUAAAUAUCGAGUGAUUCUUCCGUCAACAGAAUCAUCAUCAUCAACAACAACGGAAUUGGAAAUGAUAAUCAAAAACUACCAUCAUACAAGUGAAUUAAUUAUUAAUCAUCUAAAUGAAAAUGAUUAUGGUAUCUAUGAAUGUAUUGUUUAUAAUGAAUAUGGUAAUGAUUAUCAACGAUUCGAAUUGGUUAGAAAAAGCUAUCCGGAAUGUCCGAAAAAUUUACAGAUUUUAAAUCGAACAAAUCAACAAAUAUUUUUACGAUGGAAUUCUGGCUUUAAUUAUGGCCAUGAACAAUCAUUUACAAUACGGUUAUGGCCUUUACAUUCAUCAACAACAACAACAACAAAUUCUAAUACCAUUACUGAUGAUGAUGAUGAUUAUGAUGGUGUUGGUGAUAAUAGUAAUGCUGUUGUUGUUGUUGAUGAUGAUGAUGAUGAUGAUAGCAUCGAUUCUGAACAACCAAAUUCUAAUAGUCAAAUAUUUGCCAACAUCAGCAAUAAUUAUUUUCAACUACAAAACCUUGAACCAAAUACUCAUUAUCGUUUAUUGUUAUGGGCUACGAAUCGUUUAGGUCGUAGUCGAAAAUCGUUACAACUAACAUUCCAAACUUUAUCCACUAAACAAUAUCAACAACAACAACAACGACGACAACAACAGAUGCAAAAUUUUUGGAAUAAAAAUAGCCAUCAUCAUCAUCAUCAACAUCAACAACAGCAACCGAUAAAACCGUUAUAUGCUGCAUCGGCUGAUGAACAACGUUUAAAUGGUUUAAUUAUUAUUAAUGAUAAUGAUUUAGGUGGCAAUGAUGAUGGUGUUGAUACAGCUGCAUCACAAUCAUCAUCAUCAACAAUCAUUGAUGGUCAUCGUUUACAGAAUCGUCGUUUAGCAAUGGUUGUUGGUGAAGAUUUUGUUGAAUUUACUAUAUUGAUGGGUGGUUUAAUUAUUUUUCUUGCAAUCAUAUCAUUCAUAAUGGUUAUUUUUAUCUAUUGGCGUAAAAGAAAUAAUGAUCAUCAUCAUCAACAGCAACAGCAAUCGAAUAACAACAAUAAAAAAAUCAACAACGAUAUGAUGAUCAAUGAUAAUAAAAUUAACGAAACUGAACAAUCUGAAAAUGUUUAUAAUCAUCAUCAUCAUCCAACGAUUAAUGAUAGCCAAACAAAUAUUAAUUCUCAUCAUUCAUAUCAUCAUAAUCAACAAACUGGACAUUUAAUAGAAUCAUCAUCAUCAUCGAUGAAUAAUCAUAAUCAAUCAUUGGAUAAACAAUUACAAUAUGUACUUUCACAUCAACAGAUAACAAAUGUACAUUUAUUACCUGAUCGAUUGGAACAAUUGACAAUUGAUUCAUCAAUAUCACCACCAUCAUUAUCAUCAUCAUCACCAUCAUCAUCACAUUUGAUUAAUAAUAAUGAUCAAUCGAUUCAAAUGGCUUCGGCAGCUACAUCAUCUUUACCUGCAACAUAUCAGAUUAGUUUUGCACCAACAUUUCAUACAUAUGAUGAUCAUCAUAAUCAUCAUAAUGAUGGUACUACAUAUGAAUUACAAUCACCAUCAAUUUGUGGUAAUGAUGACCAUCAUCAUCAACAACAACAACAACAACAACAUUAUCGAUUCAAUACAAUUCAAUCGGAUAAUUCAAUAAUGAUAACAACAACACCGACAACAACAACAACAACAACGAAUAAUGUAAUGCCAUCAAAAGUUUCAUUUAUUGAACCAAAUAAUAAUUGUUUAUCAUCAUCAACGAAACGUGUAAAAAUUAUUCAAAAUUCUACAAUAUUAUCACCAUCGACAACAUCGACAACAAAAUCGAUAAUAUCCAAUCCUCCAUCGACAACAGCAACAACAUUGUUUUCGAUUUUUUCCCCGAAAAAACAGUAA